CAAUGGCGUGCCGCGGUGGGCGGGGCCAGGCGGGCGCGGGGAGGGCAGCGAUGGCGCUGAGCGGGGCCAUGAGGGCGGCGAGGGGCAGGUGUGCUCGGGUGCUGAGCUCAGUGCCACCCGCGGCGGGCACAGCUGCUACCAGGGGCACAGGCGACACCAGGGGCACAGGUGGCUCCCCGGGCACAGGUGACACCAUCUUCGCGCUGUCCUCGGCGCCGGGGCGCUGCGGCGUGGCCGUGAUCCGGGCCAGUGGGCCGGGCUGCGGGGCCGCCCUGCGCAGCCUGGCCGGGACCCCCGGGCUGCCCCCGCCCCGUGUCAUGGCCCUGCGGCGCAUCCGGGACCCCCAGACGGACGAGAGCCUGGACAGGGGGCUGGUGGUGUGGUUCCCAGGGCCCCACAGCUUCACCGGGGAGGACUGCGCUGAGCUGCACGUGCACGGGGGGCCUGCCGUGGUCAGCGGGGUGCUGCGGGCCCUGGGCCGUUUGCCGGGGCUGCGUCCGGCCGAGCCAGGCGAGUUCACGCGCCGGGCGUUUGCCCACGGCAAGCUGGACCUGACGGCGGCCGAGGGCCUGCGGGACCUGAUCGGGGCCGAGACGGAGGCGCAGCGGCGCCAGGCGCUCCGGCAGCUCGAGGGGGACCUGGGCCGGCUCUACCAGCGCUGGAGCCACGCCCUCACCCAGGCGCUCGCCCACCUGGAGGCCUACAUUGACUUCAGCGAGGAUGACAAUGUGGAGGAAGAGGUUUUGGCCCAAGUGGCUGUCACCGUGCGGGCGCUGCUGCAGGAGCUCCAGGGCCACCUGCGGGACGGGCGUCGGGGGGAGCUGCUGCGGGGGGGGGUCCGGGCCGUCAUCGCCGGCCCCCCCAACGUGGGCAAGAGCAGCCUGCUCAACCUGCUCUGUCGGCGCCCGGCCGCCAUCGUGUCCCCCACGGCGGGCACCACCCGGGACGUGCUGGAGGUGGCCCUGGACAUUGGGGGGUACCCGCUGGUGCUCAGUGACACCGCGGGGCUGCGCCAGGCCACCGACCCCGUGGAGCGCGAGGGCGUGGCCCGGGCACGGGCCCGGUUGUGCCAGGCUGAUCUGGUGCUGGCAGUGCUGGAUGCCACCUCGGUGUCACCCACGCCGGUGGCUCUGGGGGCGGCGCUGGCGGCGCUGGAGCCGCCCCCGGGCACCCCCUGCGUGCUGGUGCUCAACAAGGCCGACCUGCUGGGGGGGCACGGGGGGUCCCCGAGUGCCACCGGAGCCCAGGGACCCCCUGCCACCCUGCUGUCCUGCAAGACGGGCGAGGGGCUGGAGGCGCUGCUGGAGCUGCUGGCACAACAGCUGGCACAGCUGUGCGGGGAUCCCCUCCUGGGCUCUCCCAGCCUGACUCAGAGCAGGCACAGCCGCCACCUCGGGGCGUGCGCGGCGGCCCUGGAGCGCUUUGGGGACCUUGGGGACAGUGGGGACCUGGCGGUGGCAGCCGAGCAGUUGCGGGUGGCACGGCGGGAGCUGGGCAGGAUCACUGGGCACGUGGGCGCCGAGGAUAUCCUGGAUAUCAUUUUUAGGGAUUUUUGUGUGGGGAAGUGACAGUGGCACUCCCUGGGGUGUGGUGUCACCAGGAUUAAACCGUGGUGCCUUUGGUGUUGUCCCCUCGCUGGUGGCCGUGUCUGGGAGUGUGUCCCAAGCCCCAAAUGUGGGGAAAAAAAAACCCUGAGAAAAGUCCCAAUUCCUGGCCAGGGGGACAAACCAGGAGCUGGACGGGAAAAGCCACCCCUGGUGUUCCCAUUUGGGGUGUCCCCAUCCCCAAUGUGACAUGGGGCACAUCCCUAUGCCCUCUAACCCCAAGGAUCCAGCCUGAGGGGUUUGAGAACCCCAGGAUCCAUCCCAAUCCAUGGAAUUCCCCCAAACCGUGGCAGAUGUGGGCUCUUGCUGGUGCUCUGCCACCCCAAAAAUGGUGGCAUCUCCUGGGGACACCCCUGUGCCACCCCCCUGUGCCAUCCCCUGGGCGGGAGCUCGGGAAGCACCUGGUGCUCCGAGAUUAUCCAUGGAGGAAUUCCAGGAAAUCCUCUGGCAGUGCCUGAGGCCCCCCCGGACCUUCAGGGACAGUGAGAUUUUUGUCACCCUUGUCACUUUUGUCACCACGGUGCCACCCUGGGGCUGGGCAGGAGGUGGGGGGGUGGUGGCAUCGCUACCCAGGAGGUGGCAGUGCCCUUCUCCUGGCACAGACACAGCUUGGGGGACACUUGGGAUGGGGAAAGGGACAAGGGACACUCCGGGAGGCCUUGGUGGCGCCUGGCGUGCGGGCAGGGACGGCGGGGCAGGAAAAGGAUUUUCCACAGGAAACGCAGCCGUAAAUCCCAGGAAUAAAUCCUGGGAAUAAAUUCCUGCCCCACUCCGGGGGGGCCCAGGGGGACAAGGACAGCCUGGUCCCUCAUCCUUUGGGGACAAGGACAUCCCUGUGCCUCGUCCUUGGGCA